CCUCUAGAGGGUUUUAGCUUUAGUCUUUCCGCUGUCUCACCUCACACACUCACCUAAGAAAACCCCCACCACCGCAGCCUCCGCCGUGAUGGGCGGCGCUUCGAGGUUGAUAAUGCUUCUUACCACUCCAUUCCCUCCUUUCCUCCACCAACCCUCCCUUAUUUUCCUCCGUCCCAUCACCCGCUGCCUCUCCACCUCCACCACCAGUCGCCGCCUCACUCUUUCUUCUCCCUACAGCCACACACAGCGCCGCCUUCUCCUCCCCACAACAAAAUCCUGCAGCCGGCAGCUCCACGCCCAACCCCUCAAUGCCCCCUCCAUUUCGCCUUAUAAGGCUGCCUCUGCCGCCUCCAACCACCUGUGGCCGGAGUGGUCCAAUUUAAUUAAUAAACUCUUUUUCUCCCAGGAGAAGCUAUCCCCUGGAGCUGAUGACCAGAAAGUACACCCUGAAGACGCCUUCGUGGUUUAUGAACUGAAGGAAUUAUCCGAAGAAUUUAUUCGUUGUGCUUCUCUUUGCUUAGCUUUCUCCCGGGCACACCCCAAUCUUCUAGGGUUGUUGUCCAGGAAGGAUAUUGAAGUGAUUGUAUCAAAUGGGACACCAUUUCUAUUUAAAUCUGCUCUUGAUACUGCCAGGAAAAUGAGGGUGUAUUUGGGUAUCGAAGGAAGCAAUGUGUUGGAGUCUGAUAAGCCAAACAUGGUUGACAUUAUGAAAUAUAUAUUGAGUUAUGCAAGCAAUCCCUCUGUUUCAUCAGAAGAGAACAAUCUCUACAGCAGAGAACUAAUUGAAUCAUCUGUUAGGAAUCUGCUUUCCCAGAUGACUGAAUUGAGUUUUGCAGACCCUGCAAUUGAAGUUCCUGCUUCAGAACAAUACCAAUUGCAUGGUGGAAAUGAACAAACUGCAAGGCCUCUGAGACAAAAUGUUGAAAUGAAGAGGGGUGACUGGAUAUGCCCAAAGUGCAGUUUCAUGAACUUUGCAAGAAACUUUGAAUGUCUUGAAUGCGAGGAACCUAGGCCAAAGAAGCAAUUGACUGGCAAGGAAUGGCAAUGUCCUCAGUGCAAUUUCUUUAAUUACGGAAGGAAUUUGGUAUGCUUGCGAUGCGACUGCAAAAGACCUAGGAUAGCUGCAGCUAAUAACGUACACUCCAUGUCGGAGUUGGGACACAUGGACAUCAGAUUAGAGGAGAGUGAAGAGAAGGCAAAACGCUGGUUUAAUAAGGUUUCUGAGCUGGAAAAUGCCUCUGAUUUGAGCAAUGUGGCUGUUGAUGAAGAUUUUCCAGAAAUCAUGCCCCCUAGAAAAGGAGAAAAUAGAUUUGUUGUAAGCACAAGGAAGACUCCUUUAGAGAGAAGACAGGCCAACUCUCAACGUCAAAACCUUUUGGGUAAUCAUGGGAUUGCAGAAGGUAAUGCUUCUCAAUCUCCUGGCGGUAACAUGGCCCUGGACUCAUCAAUCAGGAAGAGUUUGGACCAGAUUCUUGGUCACUCAUCCCCUGUUUCUAGAAUGGCUGACCAGAGUAUUGCGACUGAAGAGAAUCUUGAAACUAAUUCUUCUGCCUCGCUUCCUUUGUCUAGUCCUAUGGAAUACCAACAAUGUCAGCAGAGCAAUUCCAGUUAUGUUCCUUCUACGUCGUUAUCACGAGACGUGUUUUCUGAACAAGAUCAGAAGUUGAAGUCACAAGUUGGCAAACAUGUAGACAUUUCUGAUAUUGUCUCAUCAGGGGAUAGUCCUCAAAGUGAUGCAGUUGCUAGGAAGUCGGGUGACGAUAAAAUCUUUAGCAAACCGGAAAAUCAAAAUGAUAGCCAAAACAAAGAGCAAGCUGAAAAGUCAGAAAAAUGGUUUCAGAGAGUGGCGGAGCUGCACAACGUUAAAGACUUGCCAAGUGCAAUUUCAGAUGAAGACUUCCCAGAGCUUAUGCCAAUGUGUAAAGGAGAAAAUCGUUUUGUGGUUAGCAAGAAGAAAGAUCGUUCUUUAACUUCUCCAGCAUACAAGAGACAGGUGGCUGCAGAGCAGGCAGGCAAUCCACAGUUUGUACCCUUUGUUCCAUUUCCUCCUGGAUACUUUGCAAGAAAUGAUACGCCAACAUCAGAUGAGAUAAACUCAUCGACAAAACCGUUGACUGAAACUUCAUCAAGUUCCACAAUAGCGAAGAAUUCUCCUCAGAAAUUGGAAGAAGUAGGACCUAAGUUUUCUGAGGAGAAUGCUGUACAAGAAACAGGGAGUCAAGUAAGAACUUCUGGAGGCUGGAGUCCAAAAGUCUCAGGGGACCAGGGCGCUGUUCUGGUUGGGAACUCGAGUCAAAACCCCAAUACCCGCAGUUCUGAGAUAACAACAAAUAAAAAUCUGGGCAGCGGAUAUUCUAGCAGUUCUGAGAUAACAACAAAUAAAAAUCUGGGCAGCGGAUAUUCUAGAGGAGAAAAUACAUUGCACACAACGAAUUUGGCUGGAGGUUCAUCACAGUUGUCUAAUCAGAAUGCUAGAGCUGGCUGGACUGGGAAAAGCUUGGAGGGAUCAGCUGUGAAGGAACCAGAUCCUUUAGACAUGUCAGAAGAGGCCAAAACAGAAAGAUGGUUUCGGCGUGUCGCUCAGAUAAAGGACAUUUCUGAGCUGAGCCAGAUACCUGAUGAAGACUUUCCAUCAAUAAUGCCCAUGAGGAAAGGGGUAAACAGGUUUGUAGUGAGCAAGAGGAAGACACCAUUAGAGAGGAGGUUGACAUCUCCUCAAUAUAGAAGAAACCUUCCAACUGUGAGCUCGGACCCUGUAAAAAAGGAUAAUGACACUAAAUGAACGAAAUUAAGCACACUGUUCGUCCUUAGUUGAAGCAUUUACCCUGUUCAUUAUGGCAUGCUUGCUUGCUUGAUCCUUGCAAAAAGAGGAAAUUGCAAGUUCUACCGAUAGUUACCCAAUUUUGCCUUUUGGGAUUGGCUAGUUUUCCUUUCUGCCCAUAUGUGCUUGUUGCUGCUCUCAGGAAACACCAAAAUAUAUGUGGAAUUUAGAAAUUAGAAAUCUUGAAUUGGCAUGUACUUCCAGUUGUAACGUUGAUCUAAGACUUAGAAUAUAUGUGAAAGUUAUGACGAACAUUUUUCUUUUA